AUGUUGAAGUGGACAGAUGCAAAAGCCUGGUGUGAGGAGAAAUACACAGGACUGAUGGUCAUUCAGAACAAGAAGGAGAUUACUUAUCUGAAAAACCACCUUCCGGUGAAAAAUUCCCACUACUGGAUUGGACUCAGAAGGAUGGAGGGUCAAUGGACAUGGCAAGGGACAGGAAAGCGACUGGAGAGCAGUGAAUUCUGGGCUCCCAAUGAACCCAAUAACAAAACAAAUGAAGAAUGUGUGGAAAUGUACAGAAACGAAAUUAAAAACAGAAAUGGCAUGUGGAAUGAUGAUAAAUGCAGUAAAGAGAAGUAUUUUUUGUGUUAUACAGUGUCAUGUACUAACGUCUCCUGUGGUGAACAUGGCCAAUGUGUAGAAGACAUUGAAAACUACACAUGCAAGUGUGACCCAGGGUUCACUGGCCCCAGCUGUAUGGAAGCUGUACAGUGUGACACGGUUAGAGAUCCAGACCAGGGUUUUGUAAACUGCACGCAUGUUUAUGGAGAGUUUCGUUUUAAUUCAUCCUGCCACUUCCAGUGUGUCCCUGGCUACAGUGUACAGGGUUCAGAAUAUCUACAGUGUCUGGCAUCAGGGAAAUGGCAUAGUGAUCCUCCUGAGUGUCAUGUGUCAUGUACUAACGUCUCCUGUGGUGAACAUGGCCAAUGUGUAGAAGACAUUGAAAACUACACAUGCAAGUGUGACCCAGGGUUCACUGGCCCCAGCUGUAUGGAAGCUGUACAGUGUGACACGGUAAGAGAUCCAGACCAGGGUUUUGUAAACUGCACGCAUGUUUAUGGAGAGUUUCGUUUUAAUUCAUCCUACCACUUCCAGUGUGUCCCUGGCUACAGUGUACAGGGUUCAGAAUAUCUACAGUGUCUGGCAUCAGGGAAAUGGCAUAGUGAUCCUCCUGAGUGUCAUGAACUGAAUGACCUCUCUCCUGAACCUGUGCUCUGUAAGAAUCUUUCUGUGCCUGAUGGUGGUAAAGUGGAAUGCAGCAGCACCUUCUGCAUGGUACACUGCCCCCCUUCUCACCUGCUGCUGGGCACUCAUGAAUACAUCUGUAGGUCUGACGGUUCAUGGAGCCACUUCCAGCCUAUUUGUGCAAGUUACCACCAUUUAUUAAUGGCUUCAUCAGGAUGUGCACUUCUUUCAACCAUUUUUUGCUGUGUAUUUUGCUGGUCCUAUUGCUUAAAGAGGAAAACAAAUGUGAAACCAAGAACUCAAGAGGACAUGAGGAAUUCUGUACAUGAUGCUGAAGAGGGAACACAGGAGGAGCAAGAACACUAAGUCAUCAAAAUUAUACAAUAUGUAAUUUCAGUGUGUUUAGUGUGUUUUUUCCAGCUUAAUUGUUACCUAAUGGUU